CUAUAUGCCUGGAAACCUCUUCAAAGCACACCGCCAAAUGGAUCUAACGCCUCCCCCUGCCACCUCUAGAUCAUGAUACUUGGCUGAAGCUAUUCCGCUAUCUUUAUGAUCCCUCCUCCAUCUAUGGCGAACUAUAGCCAUGCAGGGGACCACACCAUCUUGCAAAAUGUCUCUCCUCUCGCCACGUUCCUCAAACUGACCUCUCUGGGUUUCAUCAUUGGAGUCGGUGUGGUUGGAAACCUCCUGAUCUCCAUCCUGCUGGUCAAAGACAAGAGCCUGCACCGGGCGCCCUACUAUUUCCUGUUGGACCUGUGCGCCUCGGACAUCCUGCGCUCCGCCAUCUGCUUCCCCUUUGUCUUCACCUCGGUCAAGAAUGGCUCUCUCUGGACCUAUGGCACGCUGACCUGCAAAGUAAUCGCCUUCCUGGGUGUGCUGUCCUGUUUCCACACGGCGUUUAUGCUAUUCUGUGUCAGCGUCACACGCUACCUGGCAAUCGCACACCACCGUUUCUACACCAAGAGGCUGACCUUCUGGACUUGUCUAGCUGUCAUCUGCAUGGUGUGGACGUUGUCAGUGGCUAUGGCGUUCCCCCCGGUGUUAGACGUUGGGACGUACUCUUUUAUCCCGGAGGAGGACCAGUGCACGUUCCAGCAUCGUUCCUUCAGGGCGAAUGAUUCGCUGGGCUUCAUGCUACUGCUGGCGCUCAUCCUCCUGGCCACACAGCUGGUUUACCUCAAGCUCAUCUUCUUUGUCCAUGACCGUCGAAAGAUGAAGCCUGUCCAGUUCGUGCCUGCUGUCAGCCAGAACUGGACCUUCCACGGGCCAGGCGCCAGCGGGCAGGCGGCGGCCAACUGGCUGGCUGGAUUCGGUCGAGGACCCACCCCGCCUACCUUGCUGGGCAUUCGGCAGAACAGCAACGCAGCGGGCCGCAGGCGUCUACUGGUGUUGGAUGAAUUCAAAACAGAGAAGAGGAUAAGUAGGAUGUUCUACAUCAUGACAUUUUUCUUCCUGGCACUGUGGGGGCCCUAUCUGGUCGCCUGCUACUGGCGGGUGUUUGCAAGGGGCCCAGUAGUCCCUGGGGGCUACCUGACGGCAGCCGUGUGGAUGAGCUUUGCCCAGGCUGGGGUCAAUCCUUUCAUCUGCAUCUUCUCCAACAGGGAGCUCCGGCGCUGCUUCAGCACCACACUCCUCUACUGCAGAAAAUCCAGGUUACCAAGGGAACCCUACUGCGUUAUAUGAAGGUUUUGCUGUGUUUUUUUUUUGUUUUUUUUUCUCGUCUAUGUCUCUAUUUCCCUGAUUGAUCUUGAUCUGGGCUUGUUCCCAUUGUACAGCGCACUCUCUCUCUCUCUCUUCUAUCUCUCUUCUCUUUAUCCUCCAGUUUUUCCUCCUGUUCCUCCUUCUCCCAACCCUUGUCUUUAGAGGUAGAAGGUGCACUGCCAAUCACGAGGCUCUGCCGGGGUGAUUGAAUAUAAAGCGAAUCAAACAUGGAGGCUGAAGGGAAUGGGAGUUUCGCAGGAGGUCUGGAUCCCCUCCUGUGUUUAUGUUCUAGUAAACAUACAUGUGGAAGGCCAUGCCAAUGCAGAAAAGCAAAAAGUUGAAGAAGAAGAAAAAAAAAAAAAAAGAAUUGACAAAACACUAAAAACAAACCCUCUUGCUUUGGAUUUUUUUGAAGAUGCGUUAUUCUGUGAGGUGUGAAAUACAUAAACAUGAAAAGAAAAAGAAACAAGAACAAAAAACAAAGAAACGAUACCUCUCAAGCAAUCAUUGGAAAUGUUUUACAUUUUAAGAGUUGCACUAAAAAGAAGAUGUAAAGAUGCUUUUUUUUUUUGGUCAACAGUUGCCAGUUGCAUUGCAAGGACAACUUUUUUUUGUUCUUUUUAUUCCAAACUAAACAAUGAAUGCUUUAAUUUGCAACAGACUACACAAUCGCUGUAAGUAAAGCAAAACUGUUGGAAUACACCAUCACAAGAGGAUAAAAUGGUUUUAAUGUAAGUGAUAUCUUUUUCAUUUACCGGGCGGGGGCUUAACGAUGGGGAUUUACAAUGUGUGGUUUUGAAGUUGCAACUUAAAACUAGAAAUUAUUUCUUGUAGUUUUAUGAUCCAUAUGUCCCUAGUGUCUGGCAUUGUUAUUUUCUUAUCACCUUUUACAAAAAAAAGAGGAAAAAAAGAUUAAAUGGUGUUUGGAUUUAAAAAAAAAAACAUUGCU